UCUCACACAGUCUUUCUUCUUCAACCACCGGAAAGAGAAAGCCCACACGAGGAGAGCGAUCUCUUGCUCCGCCGCACCAUACCGUAUCCGCCGCCGCAAUUUCUCCGGUGGUGUAUUUGAAUCUUUCUUCAAUCUCUCUACAAUGUGGAGGUUUCUCUCUCUUCUUCUCAUCUGCAAUCUCUGUCUCGCCCUCGCCGCCGAGUCCGACACCGUGUCCGAUACAUUGGUCUCUCGGGAGAUCAAUGUAACCUCUACAGAUUCCAAUGCAACGAGUGUGAGACCCAAGGAGGACAGCUUCGCGGAUAUGAUCGAUCGGGCGCUUGAGAAGGAGUUUACGGAGAAUGAUCAGAUUGAAGCUACGGAUCCAGGAAGCUUCAACAAUAGUGUCGCAGAACAGCAGGCUGUACUGGAAACUGUUGCUCGAGUUAAAUCCAAAAAAAACGAGACCAAGGAAGACAAGUCUUUCCAGUUACAGGAUGUUUUCAAUUUGGAUAACGAGAAUCGUGUUGAAGAUACACCAAGACUCAUAGAUCGAAAGGACAACAUUUUUAUAAUGUCCAAUCCAAAAUCCAAGUAUCCUGUACUGCAGCUAGAUUUGAGGCUGAUAUCAGAUUUGGUUGUUGUCAUUGUAUCCGCUACUUGUGGUGGGAUUGCCUUUGCUUGUGUUGGGCAACCGGUUAUCACGGGAUAUCUUUUGGCGGGUUCUCUCAUUGGUCCCGGCGGGUUAAGCUUCGUUAGCGAAAUGGUGCAGGUUGAAACAGUGGCUCAGUUUGGUGUCAUCUUUCUCCUUUUCGCAUUAGGAUUAGAAUUUUCUGCAACAAAGUUACGUGUGGUUCGUGCAGUAGCUGUUCUUGGAGGUCUUCUUCAGAUAUUCUUAUUCAUGUGCUUGAGUGGGAUAACAGCCUCAUUAUGUGGUGGUAGACCCACAGAAGGAGUUUUUGUGGGCGCAUUUCUUUCAAUGUCAUCAACAGCAGUGGUUUUGAAAUUUUUAAUGGAAAGAAACAGCAUAAGUGCUCUACAUGGCCAGAUAACAGUUGGGACUCUUAUCCUUCAGGAUUGUGCUGUGGGUUUGCUGUUUGCCCUCCUUCCAGUUCUUGGCGGCACAUCUGGUGUCCUUCAAGGAGUAUUGUCCAUGACUAAAUCGUUAACGAUUUUGAUUGUGUUUUUGGCAUUUCUGUUCGUACUAUCCCGUACCUGGGUACCUUGGUUUCUCAAACUUAUGACAAGCCUUUCGUCUCAGACUAACGAGCUCUACCAGUUGGCUUUGGUAGCAUUUUGCUUACUUGUGGCUUGGUGCAGUGACAAGCUGGGACUAAGUCUUGAGUUGGGUUCAUUUGCAGCGGGCAUUAUGAUCUCGACUACUGAUCUCGCUCAGCACACACUUGAACAAGUGGAGCCCAUUCGGAAUUUCUUUGCCGCACUUUUCCUUGCCAGCAUCGGCAUGCUAAUACAUAUGCAUUUCCUGUGGAACCAUGUUGACAUUCUGCUUGCGGCUGUAUUGUUGGUGGUAGUGAUAAAGACAGUGGUGGUUGCAACAGUAGUUAAAGCCUUUGGAUACAGUAACAAAAAUUCAGUACUUGUUGGAAUGUCCCUCGCACAGAUUGGAGAAUUUGCCUUUGUUCUCUUAAGUCGGGCAUCCAAUCUUCAUCUAAUCGAGAGCAAACUGUACCUGCUGCUUCUUGGAACUACUGCUUUAAGUCUUGUGACGACACCAUUGCUAUUCAAGUUGAUACCAGCGGUUGUACAUCUCGGGGUGCUCUUGAGGUGGUUCUCUCCCGACAGUUCAACCGAGAUUGGUGUGAAGGGAGAUAUCUACCGUUCAGAGAGCAUGAAGCGUUGUAGAAGGGAAAAAAAAAGGACGGAGAAAGCUCCGGAUGUAUAGAAGUAUGGGGAACGCAGAAGAGCGAUUUAACCUUAGAUCCGAAGGCUGUGAAAGAGAGAAUCUGUAAAUCUUACACGACCAAAACACAAUACUUUUUUUGUGUUCUUGGCAUCUUGCUAGCUUUAAGAUGGCUAACUUUUUUUGUAAGAGCAGGUCCACUUUUUUGUUUCUUCA